AUGAUUAAGAGUAAUUACACUGUUUCCUGUCUUUUUGAGGGAAAGCUACAAUGUGUUCCCAGAGCAGAUGCUAUAUUUAUUCGAUACGAAAACGAGCCUGAUGAUCCAUGGGCAAUUGACCAAAUCACAGUAAAAGUGCGCUUUAUGACGGGACAUUACGAUAUGUAUGAAAAUGUUUGGUUUUUUGAACAUACCCUACCACUACCAUGCAUGUCGUACCUGUCAAAGAAGCGUUUGUAUCAAAUUGGUCCCCGUAAUGGUCUUUUCAUUGAACAUAAGUAUAAGUAUUUUCCAUUUGAGGAGACAUGGAUAAGGGAUUGGCUUUAA